UCCUCCUCUCUGGUCAUCGCAAGUCAAGCAAGUCCUUCAUUCACUUCCGCCUUUGCUUCUCUUCCCUCGCUUAACGACCACCGUUCCUUUGUCGUUCUGUCCUUCCUUCACUCUCUCAACAUGAAGGCGUCUUUCGUAACGGCCCUCGCCCUGGCCGCUUGCACACUGGCGAGCCCCGUCGGCCAGCCUCACGCUCGCGGCAACGAAUGCACCUGCGGUGGUUCUGGUCCUAGUUCUGGCACUGAGCCUACGCAACCUGCACCGGAGUCUUCUGCUUCCCCGUCUGGUCCUUCCGGGGUGUCUACCUACCCCGGAACAUCCUCCCAAGCUCCGACUCUGCCUGGCUACCAGCCUGCUCCUACGGUUACUGUCACUACGACCGUGCCUUAUAAGCCUGUUCCUGAGUCCAGCAGCUCUUCCCAGGCACCUGCUCCUACCGCUCCAGCCUCUGAGUCACCUGCUCCGGAGACCUCUGAGCCUUGCACCACUCCUGCUACCUCUGAGCCCGCUGGUCAGUCUUCUGGCCAGCCUACUGGUCCUGCCGGCCCUACCGGCCCUGCCAGCCAGCCGUCUGCUUCUUCCUCUUCUGCUCCUGUUAGUGGGCCUACUGGGGAGCCUUCUGGCUCUUCCGGAUACCCCUCUGGCUCCACCGGCCCUGCCAGCCAACCGGCUCCUUCUUCUUCCUCUGCCCCUGCCAGCCAACCCUCUGGUCCUACCGGUCCUACCGGCCCUGCCGGAUCGCCUUCUUCCUCUAGCCCCGCUGGCCAGCCUACUCAGCCCUCCGGCCCCUCAAGCCCAGCUGGACCAUCAGGAACGGGAAGCUCUGGCAACCCCGGCGGCUCUAAGCCCUCCUCCACCUCGUCUACGCCCAGCUCCUCGACUCCGGCUUCGACUCCUUCCUCGACCCCCUCUUGCGAGAAUGGACACUGCCACGGCACCGGUCACCUCAUUCAGGACCUGGGCCCUCAGGCCGAUCACCUUUUGACCGUGAUCGGUAACGGCACCGAGCAGCUGCUCAUCGAGCUCAGCGACCCCGUUGCCGACCUUCUCUCCAGCCUGGGUCUCACUGGCCUCGCUGAGCCCGUCGGCCAUAUCAUCAAGGACGCAUCUACCAUUGGCGAGCUGAUCACGGAUCUAGGAGCCCCCGUUGACCACCUCCUGAUCGCCGUCGGCAAGGAUACCGGAUAUCUGUUGAUCGAACUGGACCACGACGUCAAGGAUCUCCUGAACAGCAUUGGUCUCAACUCUCUGGCUGACCCUGUGGGUGAUCUCCUCGGCGCCAUUGGCAGCAGCCUGAAGCGUCGUGAGGAUGCCUCCAACCCGAACGGUCUCCUCGAGAAGCUGGGUCCUGUUGUUGACUGCAUCUUGCGAGUUACUGGUGAGGACACCAAGGACCUCCUCAUCAAGCUGAGCGACCCCGUGGCCGAGCUGUUCAAGAGCCUGGGUCUCACUGGUGUCGGCCGCAGCGUUGGUGAAGUGAUCAAGUCGGCCGCGUCGGUGGGUGACUUGAUUGCCGACCUGGGCCCGGUGGCUGACUGCCUGCUGACUGUCAUUGGAGAUGACGGCAGUGCGCUGCUGAUCAAGUUGGCUCCCGAUGUUGCGGACCUGGUGAGCAGCCUGGGACUCCCCGGAGUCGGACAGGCCGUGGGUGAGGUGCUCUACGUGGUCGGCGAGAACAUCUGAGACGACAGCUCCAACUGCUACGAUGAUUGAUUUGCAGCGCAUUUGCGAGUGACCCUACGACUUCCGACCCCUGGCGCUGAAAAUCACGGAUGUGCUGGGAGUGGACUCUUUUUGGAUUGUAUACCAACUAUAUACUACUUGACAUAUCUAUCGUAAUUGUUAAUUAAUGAUACCU